AUGAGCGGAGGAAAACACGGAUCGAAACUAGAUGUAAGUGAACACACAAAAAUGUUAAGAAAAAUUUACGGAAAAAUCAGUUUUCCAGAAUUUCCGAAUCAUCGAACAAAUUGGGGAAGGCGGAUUCGGUGUUGUGUAUUCCGCGGAACGAGAAAAUGGCGAAAAGGUGGCGAUCAAAAAGGUAAAUGAUAAUUAACUUGAACAACUAUUGCACGGUUGCUCUUUUUUUCAGAUAUCUCGGCGGGCUCUCCAGUCUCGAGUCACUGCUGAAAUUCAGGCGAUGAAAAAGAUGAAGCACCGGAAUAUCGUGCAGUAUAUCGAUGAUUUCACAGAAAACGGAGAGACGUACGUGGUCAUGGAACUCUGUGAACACGGCUCUUUACGAAGUUACGUAAAAGAGCACGGGCCCCUGAGUGAACCGUCGGCUGUUUAUGUCUUUCGCCAACUGCACGCCGCCGUCAGCUACAUGCACAGAGACAAGCUCAUCCAUCGGGAUCUCUCCGCCGGGAACGUAUUCAUCAAGGAGAUCCGGCAGACCGAUCGAUUGAUUGUGAAAAUCGGAGACUUUGGUCUCGCGACGAACCUCGGCCGAGGGGAGAUCGCUCAGACAAUCGUCGGCACUCCCGGCUACAUUGCUCCGGACGUAAUGCGUCAGAAUUACAGUCAGGGAGCCGAUGUGUACUCGCUCGGGAAGGUGCUUUAUACAAUGCUCACUGCCAAGGAUCCUCCUCAAAAUGGACGAUUGUCGACUGAGGAUUUGUCCCCGAACGCUGCCGAUUUGAUAAAGGAGAUGACGAAUCCAGACGAGACGAGGAGAAUUCGACUGUCAGAGAUUGUGAUGAGGGACUUUAUGAAAGAAAAUACCGACGACAAAUCUCGACAGUUCUCGAGGGAUUCUAAGGAUGCGCGGCUUCGCUCACGGUCACGCGACGGACAGUCGCAGGACAGAAGACUUCUCGCGAGGUCGUGUAGUCAACCGGCAGUGCUCUCCGGAAGGGGAAUGGGCAUCACGAACCGUCCCGUUCAUGACAGGGUACGUCGCGGACGCAGUUAGGGCCAUUAAUCCUUUCGAUUUCAGAGACCAACAACAUCUGGACGAGCAAUGGAAUUGGAUCGUUACGAGAGAGGACGAGGGCUCGAAAGACCGAGAGAACGGCGGGAUCCGGAAGAAAAAGAAGGCAUCUGGCCGCUGCGAAUGGAUCGAUUGAGUGGACAGAGAGUGCGAACGGACGGCGGGCGGUACAUUGUGGAGAUGGACACUAGGUGCCGGUUCGAAGUGGCUGCUAAGGGGAACAUUAUCAGUCGCAUUCUGGUUGUGGACUUUGAUCAGCAUCACAGGAGGCAAAAGGUCUAUGUGCAUCGGAUUGGAAGGCGACAAGUACGAGAGAGGGAGGAGGGAGACGAUCUGAUCGAACUGACCUCCGACCCGGAAGUCUUUACAGAGUAA